CCGCAGGCAGAUGGCAUGGACAGGCCUGUGUCGGGCCCCAGCGCUGUCCAAGACAGCAGGAUGGCAGUACCCAGAGGGUCGCAGGCCAGAGCUGGACUCUACAUUCCAGUUGCUGUCAUGUUGGUCUGUGCAGUACUGCUACAGCUGACUGCUUCGCACGAGGAUCUGCACCACAGGCACAGCCACGAGGAUUUGCACCACGGGCACAGCCAUGCUGGCCACGGCCACGAGGAUUUGCACCACGGGCACAGCCAUGCUGGCCACGGCCACGAGGAUUUGCACCACGGGCACAGCCAUGCUGGCCACGGCCACGAGGAUUUGCACCACGGGCACAGCCAUGCUGGCCACGGCCACGAGGAUUUGCACCACGGGCACAGCCAUGCUGGCCACGGCCACGAGGAUUUGCACCACGGGCACAGCCAUGCUGGCCACGGCCACGAGGAUUUGCACCACGGGCACAGCCAUGCUGGCCACGGCCACGAGGAUUUGCACCACGGGCACAGCCAUGCUGGCCACGGCCACGAGGAUUUGCACCACGGGCACAGCCAUGCUGGCCACGGCCACGAGGAUUUGCACCACGGGCACAGCCAUGCUGGCCACGGCCACGAGGAUUUGCACCACGGGCACAGCCAUGCUGGCCACGGCCACGAGGAUUUGCACCACGGGCACAGCCAUGCUGGCCACGGCCACGAGGAUUUGCACCACGGGCACAGCCAUGCUGGCCACGGCCACGAGGAUUUGCACCACGGGCACAGCCAUGCUGGCCACGGCCACGAGGAUUUGCACCACGGGCACAGCCAUGCUGGCCACGGCCACGAGGAUUUGCACCACGGGCACAGCCAUGCUGGCCACGGCCACGAGGAUUUGCACCACGGGCACAGCCAUGCUGGCCACGGCCACGAGGAUUUGCACCACGGGCACAGCCACGCUGGCCAUGGCCACGAGGAUUUGCACCACGGGCACAGCCACGCUGGCCAUGGCCACGAGGUUCUGUACCAUGGACACAGCCACUCACAUGAGGACCUCCACGACCAUGGGCAUUCGCAUGAGGACUUCCACGGCCAUGGGCAUUUGCACGGGGACUCUGCUGGCCCCAGCCAGGCUGAGUUUAGCCACGAGAGCGAGUCAGUCCAUGUUCAGCACUCAGCUGAGGGGUCCCCGAGCCACCAGCGGCUGCCCGGCAAAGAGAGGCAGGACUUGGUCAAGUUGUGGACACACGCCAUCGGAGCCACUUUGCUGAUCAGCGCGGCCCCCUACUUCAUCCUCUUCCUCAUCCCCGUGGAGUCAAACACUUCCCAGCACCAGGCACUGCUCCGGCUGCUGCUCAGCUUUGCCUCAGGGGGCCUCCUGGGGGACGCCUUCCUGCACCUCAUCCCCCAUGCGCUGGUGCCCCAUUCCCACCCCCCGGAAAUGCCGUCGGCUGGCCACGGCCAUUCCCACCAAGGACAGGAUCACCAGCGGAUGAUGGCUGUGGGGCUCUGGGUGCUGGCUGGCAUUGUAGCCUUCCUGAUGGUGGAGAAGUUGGUGAGACACGUCAAAGGGGGCCAUGGCCACAGCCACCAGCACCAGCGGAUGUGGGCUGUGGGGCUCUUGGUGCUGGCUGGCAUUGUAGCCUUGGUGAUGGUGGAGAAGUUGGUGAGACACGUCAAAGGGGGCCAUGGCCACAGCCACGGAGGGCAUAGCCACGCUCCCAAGGCAAAGAGCAGCUCUGGCGAGGAAGACGACGGGCCCCAGGAGAGGAAGGCCAGCAAGGGCAAUGCCCCUGCCAAAGCCGCCCCCAGGAAGAGGGGCCAGGAAUCCAAGGAACAGAUUCAGGAAUCCGCGAUGAAAGUCUCCGGGUACCUGAACCUGGCGGCCGACCUGACGCACAACUUCACGGACGGGCUGGCGAUCGGGGCCUCGUUCCUGGUGGGGGCCGGGGUGGGGGCCGUCACCACCCUCACCGUGCUGCUGCACGACUGCAGCCAGCUGCUGACGGCGCUGGGCGCCCUGCCGGGCCCGGCCUGCUCGCUGCUAGCUGAGGGCGUCGGGGAGGCAGCCACCGCCUGGAUCCUGCCCUUCACAGCGGGCGGGUUUAUCUACGUGGGCACCGUGUCGGUGAUCCCAGAGCUGCUGCGGGAGGCCGGCCCCCUGCAGUCACUGCUGGAGGUGCUGGGGCUGGUCUGCAGCGUGGCCAUGAUGGUGCUCAUCGCCCAGUACGAGUAGCGGCCCCCACGGCAUGUGGAGCCAGGCGGACGGGAGGGGGCUCCGCGUGGACUCCA